CGCGAAUACUUCUACCCCCGCCCGAAAAUUACCCCUGUUUUCCUCCCCCGAAGAGCAGAAGCCGAUGUCGAACAUUUAGCCAAGGACCUGUCCCACAUGCCGAUCCUCGCCUUUGAGUCCCGUAAGCCGCAGGGCGCCAAAGAAGUCUCAGCCUCACCCUGCCGUGCCUCCUGCCACGUUGUAUCACGCUCACCUUUUCAUCGUUUCCAUCCUGGCUCUGCUUCUCCCUUCCUCCCAUUGUGUCCCCUCGCGCAAAAGAUGUGACCUGAAAAGGGUCGAGGAGGCAUCAUGAGAUUGACGCUCCUCGCUUCCCUUGCGCGUCGCAUAACCAAUCCAUACUCGCGACGCUGGUUCCGCGUCGGGCUCCUCAUCGCAAGUUGUAUCGCUGUGAUUGAUCUGUGGUUCACGGUGCGAGUGUCCGGGCCGAGGACGAGGAUUACUGCUUUGCCCGCCUCUCGCGUUGGGGAAAGUCCUUCUGCGGAUGUGAGUAUUGGAGGAGGUGGAGCUUCGGACGAGCUUGGCACAGGCGAAGGAGGGGAGAAGGAGAAGCUCUUCAUCGCCUCCAUCCACUGGAAUGACGGCAAGAUAUUGGAUGCCCACUGGAUACCCGCCCUUAUCUCCCUCAUCCACUCCUACGGCGCAUCGAACCUCUACAUCUCGAUCCACGAGUCUGGAUCCUGGGACAACACGAAGACUGUGCUGCGGAAUUUGGAUUUGACCCUUGAGAAUUUGGGGGUGGAGAGGUCGGUUGUGUUGGAGGAGAGGACGCAUGAGGAUGAGAUUAAGAUUGGCGAGGAUGAGUACCAGGCGGGUGUGAAGAAGGACGGCUGGAUUAUGGGGACGAGGGGGAGGAGGGAGAUGAGACGGAUUCCGUACUUGGCUGCUGCGAGGAAUAAGGCUAUGGCGCCUUUGAAGCAAAUGGCACAGAGGGAAGGAGAGGCAAGGAGGGUGUUUGAUAGGGUUGUUUGGUUGAAUGAUGUUAUUUUCUCUCCAGACCAACUCACAACCCUCCUCACAACCCGCAAUGGCUCCUACACCGCAGUGUGCGCCCUUGAUUUCUCCGAAAGCCGCAAAUUCUACGACUCCUUCGCCGUGCGCGACACUCGCGGCGCUCCCGUGCUCACAGACCUCUGGCCCUUCUUCUCCUCCCCCGCCUCCCGGGUCACCCUCCAAAAAUACCUUCCUACACCAGUGAGAUCGUGCUGGAAUGGCCUCGUCAUUUUCGACGCUGCGCCGUUCUACGCAAUCCCGCCGUUGGAGUUUAGAGGGAUAGAGGAUAGUCUGGCGCAGAAACAUGUCGAGGGGAGCGAGUGCUGUUUGAUUCACGUUGAUAUGGCGCGUAUGCUUGGCGGGAAAGAUAAUUUAGGCGUGUGGAUUAAUCCUAAUGUGCGGGUUGGAUACAACGAAGUCGCUUUUAACGCCGUGAACAGAAAAGGCGGUUGGCCAACCGGAUAUGGGAAGGUUGAUGGCGUGUGGGCGAAUCGGUGGCGUUGGGCGACGGGGUGGUAUUGGCGGUGGAGGGAGAAAUGGGUGGUCGAGGAUGCGGUGCGGAGUUGGGAGAGGGAAGGGGAGAAUAGGAGGGAGGAGGGAGAGUUCUGCUUGGCGGAUUCGAUGCAGGUUCUGGUUGAGAAUGGGUGGAUGCAUAUAUAGAUGGAGUAAAAUGAACAAGGAAUUCAAGAACCGAACCACAUUUCUCAUAUCUGUACAUCACGCAAAAACCUGAUCUGACGUCGCUGCCUGAAGGGGGAGAGAGCAAAGCGAAGGCGGGAAAUGAAUCUGGUCCGCGAUGAUGAAGAGAAAGGCCAAUUGAGGCUCAUGAAAACUCUUCUGUCCGUAAUAGUAGCAGGAAAACAUGCUCAUUGGCAUUGAACAUACUGGGAACUGAGCACAGCACUUGCGCUGAGUCGGCGACAAGGAAGGAAGCAUGGGGAAUGAAAUAUACCUAUGCAGAUGUCCAGGAGUAUUUCCCGUGCUUGAGCCUUGCCCUUUGCCGCGGGUCUCAUAUAUCAAAAUAAGCGGAUUUGCAG